CACACACACACAACCGAGAGGCAGCAGUUGUUUAUCACGACCUCAACUCAGUGAGGCCUGAGAUUCUUUCGAAAAGGAGCUUUGCUUCCCAUGACGCAGAGGGAAGUGUCAAUUGGGAUAUUUCUGGUACAACUGAAAGCAAGAAAAGCAGGGUGCCAGCCCCUGUGGGACUGAGGGUGGAGGCUGGGGGAGUGUGGGUGCCAUCCUCCAGUGACAGAUGGAUGGACCUUUCAUCUAAAAGAAAGGAGGAGACACGUUGGCAAAUCAAUCUCAACCCUAAGAUUGCUUGUGAAGCAAUCGUAAGGAGGAACAAAAACAGACACAAAAACAGAGGGAAAGAGCGAAAAGACAAGAAGGGCGCAAACUGUGACAGACUCACCGCUUCACUAACUACUCACUUAAACUGGAAGCAAAAUGUCCCUAAAAUUGCCAAGGAACUGGGAUUUCAACCUGAAAGUGGAGGCUGCGAAAAUAGCUCGGUCAAGGAGUGUGAUGACUGGCGAGCAGAUGGCGGCCUUCCAUCCAUCGUCCACCCCCAACCCGCUGGAGAGGCCCAUCAAGAUGGGCUGGCUGAAGAAGCAGAGGUCCAUCGUGAAGAACUGGCAGCAGAGGUACUUUGUGCUGAGGGCGCAGCAGCUCUGCUACUACAAGGAUGAAGAGGACACGAAGCCCCAGGGCUGCAUGCAUCUACCAGGAAGUACAAUCAAGGAGAUCGCCACAAACCCCGAAGAAGCUGGGAAGUUUGUCUUUGAAAUCAUUCCAGCCUCAUGGGACCAGAAUCGCAUGGGACAGGACUCCUAUGUCCUCAUGGCCAGCUCCCAGGCAGAGAUGGAGGAGUGGGUUAAAUUCCUCAGGAGAGUUGCUGGCACACCCUGUGGAGCGGUGUUUGGCCAGCGCUUGGAUGAGACUGUGGCCUAUGAACAGAAAUUCGGCCCUCAUCUGGUGCCCAUCCUGGUGGAGAAAUGUGCAGAGUUCAUCCUGGAGCAUGGUCGGAAUGAAGAGGGCAUCUUCCGUCUGCCUGGGCAGGACAACCUGGUGAAGCAGCUGAGAGAUGCCUUUGACGCUGGGGAGCGGCCCUCCUUUGACAGAGACACAGAUGUACACACUGUGGCUUCCCUGCUAAAGCUCUACCUACGAGACCUCCCAGAGCCCGUGGUUCCCUGGAGCCAGUACGAAGGGUUCCUGCUCUGUGGACAGCUCAUGAAUGCGGACGAGGCAAAGGCUCAGCAGGAGUUGAUGAAGCAGCUCUCCAUCCUUCCUCGUGACAACUAUAGUCUCCUGAGCUACAUCUGCAGGUUCCUACAUGAAAUACAGCUGAACUGUGCUGUUAACAAGAUGAGCGUGGACAACCUGGCUACUGUGAUUGGUGUGAAUCUCAUCAGGUCGAAGGUUGAAGACCCUGCCGUGAUCAUGAGAGGGACUCCUCAGAUCCAAAGAGUGAUGACUAUGAUGAUCAGAGACCAUGAAGUCCUCUUCCCCAAGUCCAAGGAUAUACCCCUAUCACCCCCUGCCCAGAAAAACGACCCCAAGAAAGCUCCAGUGGCCCGAAGCUCUGUGGGCUGGGAUGCCACUGAAGACCUCCGAAUUUCUAGGACAGACAGCUUCAGUAGCAUGACAAGCGACUCUGAUACAACCAGCCCCACCGGACAGCAGCCGAGCGAUGGAUUUCCGGAGGACAGCAGCAAAGUACCCAGGGAGAAGCCAGGAGAUUGGAAGAUGCAGCCUCGUAAAAGGACUCAAACACUCCCUAACCGGAAAUGUUUCUUGACAUCAGCUUUUCAAGGUGCCAACAGCAGCAAAAUGGAGAUCUUUAAAAAUGAAUUCUGGUCGCCUUCCUCAGAGGCUAAGGCAGGGGAAGGGCACAGGAGAACGAUGUCUCAAGACUUGCGCCAACUUUCUGACUCCCAGCGGACUUCCACCUACGAUAACGUCCCUUCCCUGCCAGGGUCCCCUCGGGAGGAAGCCAGUGCACUCUCUUCCCAAGCCUGUGACUCCAAGGGAGAUACUCUUGCCAGUCCGAACUCUGAAACUGGGCCUGGAAAAAAGAACUCUGGAGAAGAGGAACUUGAUUCUUUGCAGAGGACGGUCCAAGAGCUACGAAAGGAAAUAGAAACACAGAAGCAAAUGUAUGAGGAACAGAUUAAAAACCUUGAGAAGGAGAAUUAUGACGUUUGGGCUAAGGUGGUGAGGCUCAAUGAAGAACUGGAGAAGGAAAAGAAGAAGUUUGCAGCCCUAGAGAUCAGCCUCCGCAACAUGGAGCGCUCCCGGGAGGAUGUCGAGAAGAGGAACAAGGCCUUGGAAGAAGAAGUCAAGGAAUUUGUCAAAUCCAUGAAGGAACCCAAGACCGAGGCUUAAGGAUCCCAGGAGUAUACUGCAAGGACAGCCCGAGAGGGGCCUAACUCGACCCCUUUCUCGGUGCUACCUGAUGACGGGGAUACAAAAUUACUCUCUGAGAGGGAAAGGAUAUUUUGAGGGAAACAUUAAAUUUCCCCAUAAAUAAAUGAAUAGAGUUUGCAGGAAGGUGAGGGUGAACAGAGAUGUGUGUGGACAUCUCUGACCAUCCAUCGCUGUAUUCAAAUGGAUUUUGUUAUUCCACUCCGGUCUCAGGCAUGACCAUGUCCAACGAAGACAUUCAAGGCAGCACAUCUCAGGACCCAGGCAAUAGACUGGCCCCAACACAGGCUGGGCUGAGGUGUGAUUAAUUCUUUGUUUUUUGUGUGGAACAGCUCACCUUGUCAGACAGCCUCAGGGCAUCUCUGAGACACAGGGGCAGAAAAUGACAUUCAUCUUUUGAGUCCUCAUCCAUGGAGUGCUGUGCUUGGGUGGCUGCAUCUGCUGAGGCGAGAACCCCAUUUUUCCACCCCACCAUGAUGCCCGUUCUCCAGGUCUUCUCCAACUUAUUAUUAGGCUAAACCAGAACAAGCAACAAACUGUAUUUAUACAAGCAAAAUUGAUGAGAAAAUUAUAUUCAAAUAAAGCAAAAAUUAAAAAGCAA